GAACAAGCUGGAAAAGUCUGGGACUCGGUUCAAGCCGUUUUGGAGGCCCUGAAAGAAGCUGAAGGUGCUCAAAAACGGGCCAAGGCUGCCCGUGAAAAUGCUGACCAGAAAGUCGACCAAGCCAAUGGUUUCUUAUCUCAGACGAAGACGGAGAUGAGUAGAACCCAAGAUGACACUGCAGCGCAGAUGAAGAAAGUCAAAGAGCUCAAGGACCGGUUGAAGUACGUCACCAGGGACAUUGUGGAC